UGCGGAGGAGAGCGCGCUUUACCGCAACACAGCAUCACAGUCAUCAUGUCUUACGGAAUGAUGGACAGCUGUCAAUCUCAGCCGGGAGAUUUCAACAAUCUCACUCAGACAUGCAGCUCAAACAUCCAGAAAAUCACACAAAACACUGGCCAAAUCAAAAGCAUGUUGUUCCAGCUGGGUACCAGACCCGAUACACCAGAACUUCAGGACAGACUACAGCAGAUGCAGCAUUAUACAAAUCAGUUGGCAAAAGUGACCAACAGACACCUGAAAGACCUGGGCUCUUUACCUCAGCCGCAGUCCCCUUCAGAACAGCGGCAGCAGAGAAUUCAGAAAGACCGUCUGAUGAACAACUUCUCAGCCGCUCUCAACAACUUCCAAGUGGUUCAGCGCCGAGCCGCGGAGAGGGAGCGUGAGUCCAUGGCGCGGGCACGAGGCGGCUCCAGACUUUUGGUUGAUGAGAGCAAUCAAGAUGAACAGCUCGUGACAUUUGAAAAAAAUGAAGGGUGGAGAACACAGACAGAGGAGGAGCCAUUCACUGAAGAAGACCUGGAGAUUAUUAAAGAGAGAGAAACCAACAUCCAUCAGCUGGAGUCAGAUAUUAUGGAUGUGAACCAGAUCUUCAAGGACCUGGCGGUAAUGAUCCAUGACCAAGGUGACAUGAUAGACAGCAUUGAAGCCAAUGUGGAGAGUUCUGAGGUGCACGUGGAACGAGGAGCUGAACAACUCCAGCAUGCGGCGUACUAUCAGAGGAAAUCCCGCAAGAAGAUGUGUAUUCUGGCUCUUGUCCUGUCACUUGUGGUGACAAUCUUCGCUUUAAUUAUCUGGCAAGCAAUCAGAUAAGCUGAAGAAAGAAGAAUCUGUCAGAUGUACUGUAUAUUCAGUGUUAAGUAAACAAUGACAGAUUGUGUGUGUGCGUGUGUUGAUGUGUGUGUUAUGUGUGUGUUUGCACAUGUAGCUAUGAAAAAAUGACUUCUGCAUGAACGGCUCCUAAAAUAUUUUCUCAAUUUCAUACUGAAGUCAGAAAAAAAUAUAGUCUUACAAGAGAAAACACACCAUUUUACAUUGUUGCUUACCUCCUCUUACUGAGAUGGAUGGACAUACCUUGUGUCUUUACACUACUGUAACUGUCAGUUCACCACAAUUCUGAAAAUAUUUUCUAAUAGAAAUUUUAGAUUCAGUUUUCAGUUAUAGUAGCAGCUCAAACAAAGGACAUCAAGUACUUGGCCAUUGAUGCACACUCCCAAUGAAAUUCAAUGAUGUGAUCUAAAGCAGAUCCUCCCAAAAAUAUGCACAAACUGGAACAGUCUAAUAUAGCUCCCAUAUCACUGUUCAGCUACAAGCCAAGUGUUUUGUUAAACAGAAUAUUAAAUAUAUGGGGCAGAUUCACUAAACAGUUGUGCCAUUUCAAAAACCUGUGUCUUAUUUAUUAUCCACCCUCAAUCUAUUUUAGCAGGUGCAAUCAGUGCUGAAAUUGUGCUGUAUCUUUAGUAUUUAAAUGAGGUCAGUACUUUCAUUUGCGGUAAUGGCGCGAUCUAAAUUGUGCCAGGGAAUUUGUGUGAAUGAAGCGCAAUCUACA